AUGGAAAAUAAAAUUUUUGCUCUGUUACGUUGGGUUGGAGGAGAAUAUCGUGGUACAUAUACAUCAGAUGUCCCGGUAGAAUGGAUUAAAGAUUUUGAUGUUGAGAGUUUUGAUAGUGAAAAUGAAGAUCCCGAUUUAAGUUACGUUGUGGAAUGGCGUGUAAAAAAUAAAAUGCCCAAAAAGGGUUGGCCUUGUGCUGAUGCUCAAGUUGUAGCCGUGUCAGGUAAUGUAUUAAAAAAUAUGACGAGACUUGACUCUUCGAAUGUAUUUGAUGCCUGCCCCCACGACCAACAGCACUCGCUUCGCUCGUGCCGCAAAUGUCGGGACAGGCCUCCAAAACAUGCUUGUCAACAUUUAAAGUUGGAAGAAGUAAAAUUAAUAACGUACUUUCGACUGGCUAUGAAGAAAAAUCGUAUUUACACUACACGGCCCAAAAGUUGA